AUGAUCUACAAACCACCAAAGUUAGCACUUUUAGAACUCCAUGUUUUUUAUGUUCCGGAAGAAGUUUGGAACUUCAAGUUGAAUACAGUCUCAGUGGAUGCUACUAGCAAAUUCUCUUCAGCUGGAUUUAUAAGGGUGUCCCCUCAUAUGACCUUAAGAACACUGAGAGAACAGCUUCGAGAGCACCUAGGUGAAGAUGCAGUUGUGAAUAAGUAUACUUUUCUGAAAUGUAUAGGGGGAAAACUUGCAAUGGUAAAAGCAAAGCAAGAGAUGGAACUGAAACUUAGAUCAUUUGCUCCUCCAUAUGCAUUUCAUCCAGAGCUUUAUUUGUUACCUGGAGUAGAAAGUAUUUACUCAUCUUCAUCGUCAACUCCAGAGUGGCCUCCUAGUAAUGCAGAAUGUGUGUUAGCAUAUCAUCAUAAACCACUUAGUUCAGCUGCUCCAAAGCAUGGAGUGGAUCAAAAUCCAGCAGUUUUGGAGACCUCCCUGAAAAAUAAUUUCAGUCAGAUGCAAAAAAAAGAUGCAAAUACAGAAGAUGGAGACAACAAUGCAAAAGGAAGACGUACCACAGGAGAUUCUGGGAUCCCAGAAUCCUUGGAAGACAGAGAUCAGGAAUAUUUACACAGCAAGAAAAGCCAACAGCAUCCUGAUAUUACCAAGUCUGCUGCUGACACUGGUGGCAUGCAGGAUAACCAGGCUGAUGAGAAUAACAUAGAUAAUUUUACUUAUCCAAGCCAGUAUCUUCAACCUCCUACUCCACCUCUGCUGGCUCUGUGUAUAAAUAGACCUCAAACUCCCAACAGAGUAUUUUCAACAGAGGGAAAUGAGUUAAAUAGGCAGUUGCAACCUAUCAAGGCAGAAAGAAAGCAUCUGGAGAAGACUAGAGAGGAGCUGAUUAAAAAAGUGAAAGGCUUGCUUGUGCAGAACAAACUAAGGAGAUACCAUGCUCGUGACAUAUGGAAGAAAAAAUAUUUUGAAACUAAGAAAGUCACAGCUUCCUUGGAGGAAGAUUUAAACAAACUGCGGGAAAAUUUGGAGCUUCACUACCAGAAAGUAUUGAUGAAGCUACAAGCUAGGCAUGUCCAGAAAAGAGGGAAUAAUUUAACAAAGGUAAUGGACAAACAGAAUAAUGCAAUUAUCCAGAUUACAAUUCUGCAGCAUGACAUUGAGCAGCUAAGAAGAAAGCUAGACAAUGCCAAAAUGAAGCUUGCUAUUGCAAUUAAGAUAAGAAAGCAGGCCACAUCUGAUUCACAAGCACUGAAAGCUGAACUGGCACACAAGAAGGUUCAGUCUUCAUUAAAACUUUCAUCUGAAAAACAAAUGCGUUAG